AUGGCAACGAUGUCAUCGUCCUCAGCGAGCGAGGCUGCCGUGCGUUCGGCCUGGUUCGACGCAAUCGACGCGACAGCUGCCAUGACGAGCACGGAGCCGUUGCAGCCCGCGGCGGAGUACACGGCCGACUCCUGCCUGCCCACACUCUCUCUGGCUGGUAGCCAGGCAGGCUUUUUUGAGCAGCUCAAUGAGCUCGACAGGGGGUUUGCUGAGGCCUCCUCAUCGCUGUUCCUUCCACAAAUGACGUUAGAGGAGGCAUGCCACGCGAAACCGAGCUUCUACCAAACCUUCCGCGGUGAGCUCGAGAUCACGGAGACGACGUUUCAGCCACUGCUAGUGAAGCAGCGCGAUGAAUCCAGACAGGAAGCCGAGAGCUCGGCGAGGAAUGGCCGCUACAGUUCUCGCAGACGGCGGCAGGAAGCCCCGGUGCCGCCGCGCGGCACAGCCCCACUUUAUGGUGGCUUUCUAGGUCAAGAGGCGAUGUCACCGAGCACGGCGGUGCAGCGCAAGCCGGACUUUAUGCCGAUCCUCCUCGUCCCCUCCGCUGCCACAGCUCCUCUGCAGCUCAUGAACAUCAAGCAGUUCCUGGAGCACGGCGCCUACGUUGAUCCCGCCAACUUGUAUGUAGAUCGUGAGACUGGCGUAGUCAACAUUCGCGACUCGAAGCCGCGCUCGGUGGUAGUGAAGCCUGGCAGCUUCCAUGAUCCACACCGGUACCGCGUCGCCUUUCGGCAGUUCCGCGUCGUCGACGACCCAGACGAGGUGGAUGACUGGGCGCACGUGUGUGGUUGCAUCGUCGAGGGUAAGCUGUGGCAGCUGAAAGGCUGGUACCCACAGGAGCAAGCGCAGUCGCGCGACCCGAGCCGCCUCUUCUCGCGCAUUCGGGCUUUUUUAGCGUACUUUGAGGAGGACAAGGUGCCCCCGCAAUGCCGUGAGUGGAACGUGCAGAGUCUUGCCUUGACGCGUAACCUGCUGAAGGAUCAGGUGCACAUCGCACUUGCUUCGCAGUUCUGGGAGCAGCUCUACACCUUUCUAGAUGAACAUCCGAUGUUCUCCAGGUACACCAUUCCACUCACAGACGAGCGCCUGUAG